AUGAAUCCCGCCUUCAUACUGAUGAAGCUGAGGGAUUUGGACGACAGCGAGAGCAGGCUGGGGAGUGUUAGGCUCUGCGAUAUCCUUCCUGGCAUGCCGUCAGCGGGAUUCUCGACGUUGGUUGCAUACAUGGAGCAGCUGCGGGAGAUACAUGGUCUACGGGUUUCAGUUGUUCGUUUUCGUGGAGCACACAACGACGAUAUCAGCAUCUCAGACCUGAACAUCGUCGCUUAUGGCCGCAAGUCGCUUGUCAUGCUCAGGAGAUCGCGCUCAACGGUGUUGAAGAUAUGUUUGCCUGCAGAUGCUGGCACCGAGAGAGAGAUACAUUCAGCAUCGGAUUAUCAUCCUAAUCUGCGGCAACUACUGAACUGGGGGACUGUGGACGUCGGGAACAGGGAGGGUGUUUUCCAGUUUUUGGAGUUGGACGGAUUUGGGGAGCCUUUCAGAGCGAAGCAUGUAAGUGAUUUAGCUUCAACUGAGAUGAUGUGGAACCAGGCAUUCGAAGGUCUGAGGCAUCUUCACCGCAAAAGCAUCCUGCAUCGAGACGUGAAGCCAGACAACAUGCUGGUGUUUAAAGGGAAUGUAUUGAAGAUCAAUGACUACGACAUCUCCUGUUUCAAAACUGAUCGUCAGGAAUUGAGGAGAAAGGUUGGCACUCGCGGCUAUCACUCGCCAUCCAGCUCGAUGCAGCCUUACAAAGAAGAAGACGACAUCCUAUCCCUUGCUCUGGCGUUCUAUUCUGCAAAGCUCGGCAUCAAAAAGUCUUCAAGGACGGGGCGCUUGCAGAUCUUACGAUGCUGUUUGGAUCCGCACCUGUUCCCUGCUUGCAUGAGGAUGGCAGUUGAGGAUGCUCUGCGGAAACUCGGCCUCGAUCAAGAACAGAAUGAUGAAGACAACGAAGACGAAGAAAAUGAAGACGAAGAUGAAGAUGAUGACGAGGAAGGUUAA